GAGAAAAGUUACGAGACCAAAACCGAACCGAAAGUGAUCCGCGGAAUCGAAAUUUUUGGGUGCACAAACGAGAAAAAAACAAGCAAAAAGCAUCAGAAAAAUUUCCCGGCGCCAGGAAAGCAUGAGAAUUAUCAACUAGGAAAGUAAGCACAACACCCAAAAACCAAACGAUGGCUGUUUCAUUCUGUGGAAAACGUAUCCUGUUGACGCGGUUUAACCUGCUGGCGAAUCAGAAGCGCCACGGUUAUAUUGUCCUAGUGCCGGAGAUCGGCGAAGAUUUGCCGGAGCGCAAUCCGCUGUCCAAGUCGGAGAAUGGCCUGCCGGAGUUCAACAGCGUGACGAUCGAGAAGUGCGUCGGGACGAUCGGUCAGCAAGCCUUUGCCGUGGAGAAGGGCGUGAAGGCACUGGAAGCGAAAAUCGCUGUCGGUAGUGCGGCUGAGGGAGUGACGGAUGUGAUCCAGGAUGUCCUUUUGCCGCUGGAGACGCUUGGGGCUCCCCUUGAGACGACCUGGGGAGUGGCCAAGACGUUAUACCUGGGCAACAGCUCGAAGAUGCCGACGAAGAGUUACCUGACGAUUCACGAAAGGGCCCGUGGGGCGAGAAGAUGUAAGUUUAACAGUGCGCCGAUUUACGGCGCGCUGAAGGAGGCCAAGAAUGGGGGUCGGAAGUUUUCGCAGGAAGAGAAUAGGUUGAUAAACAAAUAUCUGCUGGAGUCGAAGCUGAAUGGGAUUGAAGUGGAUGGACCAGCCAAGCAUGAAUUGAAGGAUGUGCUGGCAAAGUUGACACAUGAGCGGUCCAAGUUCCAUGGCAAGCAGGAGGUGGCAGUGAAGAAGUUUUCGCAAGUCAUCAAAGAUCCGGCGCUGAUGCAGGAGUUUCCUCCGACGUUGCUCCAGGCGCUGGCCGUCGAUCAGUCGCAGGUGAUCAAGGGUCCAUGGAAGGUGACCUUGCAGCCAUAUGUCGUACAAAAGUUUUUGGAGUACUGCCCGGAUCGAACUUAUCGCUGGAAUCUGUGGCAAGCCGAUACUCGGAAGUGUUCCAAUCAUACGGAUAAGGCGUUGGAGAACAGUACCCAUCUGGAGAUGAUCCGUUCGUUGAGGAAGCGUCAGGCAAAGUUACUCGGCUACGAAAGCUUCGCGCACAUGUCGAUGGAAACGAAGAUGGUGGGAUCGAUUGAUUCGCUGAAGAACACCAUGAACGAAUUGCUUCAGUACGCCCGGCCUGCAUGUGAGAAUGAAAUGGCUUCGCUGGAGGAUUUUGCCGUCGAUCAUGGAUUCAAGGCUAAGCUGGAUUUGUACGACGUGCCGUACUGGAAGAGACGACAGCUGGCCGAGUGUCAUCAGUUCGAUAAGGAAGCCCUGAGAGAAUAUUUCCCGGUGCCGAAAGUGCUGGGCGGAUUGUUCCAGUUGGCGGAAUCGUUGUUCGAUAUCCGUAUUGUGGAACGACCGGGCGUUGAUACGUGGCAUGAGGAUGUCAAAUUCUACGAUAUUUUCAACGCCAGCAAGGGAAAUACCCCGAUUGCCGGAUUUUACACAGAUUUAUACUCGAGGGAAGAGGAAAAAAUUUCCGUUGCAGGCAAUUCCGGGUGGAUGGUUGGAAUCGUCAACAAGAGCAUCGUCGAAGGGGACAAUCCUCUGGCAGCUCUGAUUUGUAAUUUCCCUGCUCCGUUGUACGGAAAACCUUCGCUUCUAUCGCUGGACGAUGUCAACAUUCUGUUCCAUAAAUUUGGUCACGCCCUGCAGCAUCUUCUGACGGAAACUCAAUACAGUGAAUUAGCUGGUCUUUCCAACGUCGAAUGGGACGCCGUCGAAGUAUCGGGACACGUCCUCACUCAUCUGCUCCACGAUCCGGAUGUGAUUCGUUCGAUCACCUCGCACUACGGCACGGAACAACCCCUACCGGACGAAUGCAUUAUGGCCAUCCAGAAGCACCAGAAACACCUCGCCGGUUAUAGUCUCUGUCGUGAGUUGUACUUCUCCAAUCUGGAUCUGGAGCUUCAUCUCACUUCCGACUACUGGUUGGACAUUGUCAAGAACCUGUACCCCCAGUUCCAUACCUUCCCAUUGGAUAAAAAGGACGCCCAUCCAUGCUCGAUGACGACCAUCUUCUCCGGCGACUGGGGAGCGGCCUAUUUCAGCCGGCUCUGGUCCCGGAUGGUAGCGGCCGACGUUUACAGUGCCUUCAUGGAGGCCAAAACCAAGGGGCAGCAAUCCGAAGCCGGCCUCAGAUACCGGGAUACGUUCCUGGCCCUGGGCGGUGGCUGUCAUCCGUCGGAUGUGUUCCGACAGUUCCGGGGACGCGAUCCAUCACCUAAGGCUCUGUUACAGAAUCUGGGCAUCUACAAACCAGUGCAUUCAACCGGCAGCGGAUCGACGACGACGACGACCGCAAGCGAGUAGGUCAGUAAGGGGACAAUUCUUGUUGCAAAUUUUAAUUGAUGCUUUGUUGAAUGGAACAGUUAAAAUAUGAUGAUUUAUUGGAAA